AUGGAGGCCAUCCAGGAGUCCUUCCAGAAGGUGGAGAAGAUUGGGGAAGGCACCUAUGGCGUGGUGUACAAGGCUCGCAACAAGCGCACGGGGCAGCUGGUGGCCCUCAAAAAGAUCCGCCUGGACACGGAGUCAGAGGGUGUCCCCAGCACUGCCAUCCGAGAAAUCUCACUGCUGAAGGAGCUGAAGCACCCCAACAUAGUCAGGCUCCUGGACGUCAUACACAGCCAGAAGAAGCUCUAUAUAGUGUUUGAGUAUCUGAAUCAGGACCUGAAGAAGUACAUGGAUUCAUGCCAAACUGGAGAGCUUCCUUUGAGCUUGGUCAAGAACUACCUUUUCCAACUGCUGCAGGGCGUGAGCUUCUGCCACUCGCACAGGGUYAUCCACAGGGACUUGAAGCCGCAGAACUUGCUCAUUAACGAAGCAGGAGCAAUCAAGCUGGCUGAYUUUGGACUGGCAAGAGCUUUCGGGGUUCCCCUACGCACAUACACUCAUGAGGUGGUGACUCUGUGGUACCGAGCCCCUGAGAUACUGCUGGGAUGCAGAUAUUACUCAACCCCUGUGGAUAUCUGGAGCAUUGGCUGCAUCUUUGCAGAAAUGAUGACCAGGAAGGCCCUGUUUCCAGGGGACUCUGAGAUCGAUCAGCUCUUCCAGAUCUUUCGCACCCUGGGCACUCCCACCGAGGUGACCUGGCCUGGUGUGACCCAGCUGCCAGACUACAAGGGCAGCUUUCCCCGGUGGCCAAGGAAGGAGAUGAAGGACAUUGUUCCCAACUUAGAUCGAGAUGGGAGAGACUUACUGGCACAAUUGCUCCUGUAUGAUCCCAGCAAGCGCAUCUCAGCCAAAGCAGCCCUCAACCACCAGUACUUCCUCUGCAGAAACUCUGAGAGCCCUGAACARCGCCCUGUGCUGCGGAGAGACUGCAGAUGAGAGAACUCAGCUCCCCUCAAGCUCUUGCAUCUCCAGGUAGCACUGCAGAUCUGGUUUGGGGCACCUGCAGAUCCAGCAGGGGCCUGGCUGGAACCCAGGGUGUUGCUUCUCCUAAGGAGCCUGAAAAGGAACAUUCUUGGCAUUUARAGACUUUCAGUCUGUUGCUGGGGGAGUUUGGGUUACAGCCAGGAGAGCUGUUUUGUGGUCAUGUGCCAAAGGGUAGGGCUAAUUUAUCGKCAUAAACCACUGAAAUGUAGAGAAGAGAGCAUCUCUCAGAGGUUUGUUCUUGCWUUAGUGAGCUAAGGUCACACACAGUGAUUUCUGUCUCCAGCACUGGAGCAUCCCCAGGUCUGUUGGUGGCAGUUGUUAGCACCGGGGAAGAGGGGCACAUGCCUUCUCAGCCCUUUGCUGCUGCUAUCAGCCAGGUUUCUCAGCACUAACCAAGUUGUUUAGUCYGACAUCCUGCCCUUUUACAAGCUGAAAAGCACUCAGGUGUCUUAGUUUGUGCCUUAGCUGGGACCAAGAAGCCAAAAGAUCCAUUUUGCAUAAAGCAGAUCCAGUUAGGAUAAAGCACUUGCUGCAUAUGACUGGAAACGGGGAGCAGCUUUCCAUCAUCAUUCCAGAUAUAAUGCUGUUUCCUUUGCUUUAUUUUCUUGGAAAUGUUUUUGCUGUUCAAAUGUUUGGGGGAUUGUCUCUGACUCCUGCUGUGGUUUUGACAUCUUCAUUUAUUUUUC